AUGUCCAUCCGGGAUGAGUUGACCAUAGCUAGAGAAAUCGUUAUUAAUGAUACUGAGGCUUCUCUUAGGCACAAACUUACUAUAAACGCUCAAGUCUCAACUCAAGAAGAGAUUCAGAGAUCUACUGGUGCUGUGGGGAAAGUAUCGUCCUCCAAAUUAAAUGCACUUCCUGAUGGUGAAAAGCCAUUAUAUAUCUGCUGCUGCCCAUAUGUAUAUUAUAUCUUUUUAGCUCAACAGACACUAAUCACGGGGGCUUGA